CAACAAUAGGUUAAAAGUAAUCUCAAUUCGUUUUGUUUUUUUUCGUUCUCGCCUGUCUGCCUGCCCUAAGCCGAGAAACCAAAAAUCGGCGCCAUGACGAAGAGCAGGAACAAGAAGAAGAGAGACGACGACACCGUUUCUAUGGACGUUUCCGAAACUAAGAGCGUCGUCUCUGAAUCUGCUCCCCAAGCCAUGGACACUUCGGAGACCGGAGACGCCAAACUCGCUGCUCGUAAUCGUAACCUGACAAGCGCGAAGAAAGGAAAACCUAUGAAGAGAACGAAGAAUGCAAGAAAGGUGAAAGCUGUGGCUAAAGCUAUAGCAAAGAACGACAAGUAUGAAGAGAAAGCUUCCAAGAACGUUUCCAAAAAACAGAGAACUCUUUCCGCCAAGAAAUUGUAUGAAUGAUUUUGUUCUCAACUCAAAGCGAAAAGUUUUUUAAGGUUAAAGGUUUCGUAGUCUAUUUUUGUUCUUGUGCUUAUCUUAGCAAAAGAAUCUCUACAAGUUUGUACUUCUCCUUUUUAGUUUCAGAAUUUUUUGAUAUUUACGGAUAUUAUCAUAUGGGAAUAUUUGUUACCAGGAGUGAUUA